GGCGGCGGCGGCCCCGCGGCGCAGGGCCCGGCCCGGCCCGGUGCCCAUUGCUACACUGUAGGGCUCUGAAGAUGUCAAACAGCAACACAACACAGGAGUCUCUGGAAAUAAUGAAGGAGUCUGAAAAAAAGGUGGUUGAGGAAUCUGUGAACAAAACCAAAUAUGUAUCCAGGUCACCAAGCAAGGAGGAGGUGGAGAAGGAUGGGGGGGAGGAGGUCAGCGUGCGCCAGGAUUCUCAGAGGCGAACUUCAAGUCAUGGACAUGCCAGAAAAAGAGCCAAGUCUAAUUCAAAGCUUAAACUGGUCAGGAGUUUGGCUGUAUGUGAAGAAUCGUCUAGCCCCUUUGUAGAUGGGCUGCUGGAGUCCCAGGACAUCAUUCAGUUGCACGUUAGCUGCCCCUCUGACAAGGAAGAGGAAAAGUCCACGAAAGAUGGGGCUGAGAAAGAAGAAAAAGACAAGAAUAAAGAAAAGGCACCAAGGAAAAUGCUGUCUCGAGAUUCCAGCCAGGAAUAUACAGACUCCACUGGAAUAGAUUUGCAUGAAUUUUUAGUAAAUACACUGAAAAAAAACCCACGGGAUAGAAUGAUGCUACUAAAGUUAGAACAGGAGAUUCUGGAAUUUAUUAGUGAUAACAACAACCAGUUUAAGAAGUUCCCUCAGAUGACCUCGUACCAUAGGAUGUUGCUGCACCGGGUAGCUGCCUACUUCGGCAUGGACCAUAACGUUGACCAAACUGGGAAGGCAGUCAUUAUCAACAAGACCAGUAACACACGAAUCCCUGAGCAGAGGUUCUCUGAGCACAUCAAAGAUGAGAAGAAUGCAGAGUUCCCGCAGAGGUUUAUCCUAAAACGAGAUGAUACCAGCAUGGACCGAGAUGAUAAUCAGAUCAGACUCCCCUUGCAGGAUGGGAGAAGGAGCAAAUCUAUAGAAGAGCGAGAGGAAGAGUAUCAGCGGGUCAGGGAGCGGAUAUUUGCACGAGAGACUGGCCAGAAUGGAUAUCUCACCGACAGCAGAAUCUCCAAAGAAGGCUUUUCUUCUAGUUCUCACAAACGGAGGCAGAUUUUUAGGGGCAACCGGGACAGUUUGAACCGGGCCUCAGGCAGCCGCCAGAGCAGCACAGAGAGCGAGAUAAAGUCGCUGGAGCCUCGGCCGUGGAGCAGCACAGACUCAGAUGGCUCCGUCCGCAACCUGCGACCACCUGUUACCAAAGCCAGCAGCUUCAGUGGCAUCUCCAUCCUGACACGGGGAGACAGCAUCGGGAGUAGCAAAGGCAGCACUGCCAGCAGAUCGUCCCGGGCAGGUUUGGUACUAGGUGCCCCUGAAGCAUGCAGCCAAUCCCCUUCUUCACAGCCCAGCCGUGGCCUCCUACCCUGCACAGCCCAGCAGCCUCAACCGCAGCCACCCCAACAGCCACCACCACAACCCCAAGGACUUCCACCUGCAGCCCAGCAGCAGCCAGCCAUGAGUAACCACAUGAUAUCCCAGCCGGUCCCAGCGCUGCAGCCUGUUCAGUAUUCUCCAAGCUCCUGCCCCCAAGUCCUCUUGCCAGUCUCUCCACCCCAGCAGUACAACUUGGCCGAUGAACUCAGCAACCCCUUUGGGCAGAUCAGCCUCAGCCGACAGGGCUCUACUGAAGCACCGGAUCCUUCCUCGGCUAUGUUCCAGUCAUCCCUCAUCUCCCAGCAUCCUCAGCAGACAGGAUUCAUCAUGGCAACCCCUGGGCAGCCCGUUCCCACCUCCAACUACUCCGCCUCAGGGCACACAGCCCCGACACAGCAGGUGCUGCAGCCCCAGGGCUACAUUCAGCCUCCCCAGCAAAUUCAGGUUUCUUACUACCCUCCUGGGCAGUACCCGAACUCCAGCCAGCAAUACCGAUCUCUCAGUCACCCAGUGGCCUACAGCUCCCAGCGCACUCAGCAGCUUCCCCAGCAGUCCCAGCAGCCUGGUUUACAGCCAAUGAUGUCCAACCAGCAGCAAACAUACCAAGGUGUAAUGGGAGUGCAGCAGGCGCAGCCCCCUGGCCUUCUCAGCAGCCAGAGGAGCAGUAUGGGGAGCCAGAUGCAAGGCCUGAUGGUCCAGUACACUCCACUGCCUUCGUACCAGGUUCCUGUGGCCAAUGAGUCCCAGAGUGUGGUCCAGCAGCCCUUCCAGCAGCCAGUGCUUGUACCAGCCAGCCAGUCUGUUCAGGGGGGGCUUCAGGCUGGAGGGGUGCCCAUCUAUUACAGCGUCAUCCCAACUGCCCAGCAGAACGGCACCAGCCCUUCGGUGGGGUUCCUUCAGCCACCUGGCUCUGAACAGUAUCAGAUGCCACAGUCCCCAUCACCCUGCAGCCCGCCACAGAUGCAGCAGCAGUAUUCAGGGGUGUCUCCAUCAGGCCCUGGCGUGGUUGUGAUGCAGCUGAAUGUACCCAAUGGCCCCCAGGCCCCCCAGAAUCCCCCUGUGGUGCAGUGGAGCCACUGUAAGUACUACAGCCUGGACCAGCGGGGGCAGAAGCCAGGAGACCUGUACAACCCAGACACCAGUGCUCAGGCCAGCACCCAGCUGAACAGCCCCAUCACGUCCCCCACCCAAUCCCCGACGCCGUCUCCUGUCACCAACCUUAACAGUGUCUGCACGGGGCUGAGCCCCCUCCCUGUCCUCACACAGUUCCCUCGGCCCAUGGGCCCGGCACAAGGUGAUGGGCGCUACUCAUUGCUGGGCCAGCCGCUGCAGUAUAAUCUGUCUAUCUGUCCCCCACCGCUGCUCCACAACCAGCCCAACUACAAUGCGCACCAGGGGCAGACUGGAAUGAAACAUGGAAACCGGAGCAAGAGACAGGCCCUCAAGUCAGCAUCCACUGACCUUGGGACAAGUGAUAUAGUGCUGGGCCGAGUGCUGGAGGUGACAGACCUGCCCGAGGGCAUCACACGGACAGAGGCUGACAAGCUCUUCACCCAGCUUGCCAUGGCUGGUGCCAAAAUCCAGUGGCUCAAAGAGACUCAGGGGCGCCGUGGAGAUGGAGGUGGCGGGGACAACAACGGGACUCCAGAGAAUGGCAGGCACAGUGACCUUGCUGCCUUAUACACCAUUGUGGCCGUGUUCCCCAGCCCGCUGGCUGCCCAGAAUGCCUCCCUCCGCCUCAACAACUCCCUCAGCCGCUUCAAGCUGCGUGUGGCCAAAAAGAACUACGACUUGCGGGUGCUGGAGCGUGCCAGCUCACAGUAGGGCUCACGCAUGGGCACAGAGCACACUGGACUGCGGGCACUUCCCUCUGCCUUCUCUUUUCCUUUCUGCCCUCCCUUCCUCUCGCCAUCCUUCCUGGAUAUAUUUAUAUGGACAUAAUUAAGAGACAAGAAAUUGAUUUUUUUUUUUUUUUUAAUUAUUAUUUUUGGAGUGAUGCCCGUGCCCGCCCACCUUACCCUGUGUAUAUUGUUUUGUUAAGCACUGUGUUGAACUGCACAUACAGGUGUUGAUUGGUAUGUUCACUGCACAUUUUAUUUAAUCUGAUUAUUAUUUGGGGGGUAUUUUUGGUUUUAUUUUAUUUGGGGGAUUGUUUUUAAAUAUAAAAAGAAAACUUGUCCAUCA